AUGAACUCCAAGAAAUCAUCAAAAAGUUCUCAAUCGAAUGCAGGAACAUCGAAACCUUCACAAAUACUACAAGGUGUAAUCGGAAGCAAGGCAAACUCAAACUAUAAUCGAAUGCAAAUAUGGAGACAACUAAAUACGCCAGAAUCUUCCUCUGAUGCUCUCAAACCAAAUAUUUUCUCCUUACCCGAGAAACUUUUGAAACAUUCAGCAAAAUUGACACCUCACGAGAAGAAAAAGAAGAAAACAAUUAAAAUAUAUGAUCCCAGAAGUGGAAAUGAUUUAACAUACGGAAUGUUAUGA